AAUGCUAACUAAGUACAAAACGAAUAUUCCACUCUUCUAAUUUUUCUCUUCUUUAUUACCUAACCAAACUGCCAAUCUCCUCAGUUCCUCCUUCAAAAUUUCAAUGGCUUCUCUUCAAAUUUUCCUUCCCCUUCUCUUCAUCCUCAACCUCCUCUCAGUUCAUGCUCAGAUUCAGAUUCCGGUAACCAAAGAUCCUUCAACUCUUCAAUACCUGACCCAAAUUAAAAUUUCCCAGAUACCCACCAACCUUGUAAUCGAUCUCUCCGGUUCAUUUCUCUGGCUCGAUUGCAAGAAUUUUCACAGACGUAUAAUACCCAGUUGCUCCAUUGAAUGUUCCAUGGCGAAACCCGGGAAAAAUAGCUGCAAUAAACUAUCAAGCUGUGAUCUUUUAACAGAAAAUGUCAUCACCCAGUUAUUAAAAACAGGGGUUCUCACAGAAUCCAAACUAACACUCAGAUCUGUGUCAAAUUCAGGUAGAAAUAUAAAUUCCGGUGACUUUUUAUUCGCUUGUGCACCUAAUUCUCUUUUGAACGGCUUACCAAGUGGUGUUCAAGGUAUGUUAGGGUUAGGAAGAACACCAAUUGCUUUAACAUCUCAGCUUGCUUCAGCUUUUGAUUUCCCCAAGAAAUUUUCUACUUGUUUCUCCUCCUCUAAUGGAGUUAUACUGUUUGGUAAUGUGGGUAGUGACUCAGUUUCCGACCCGGAACUUUUGAGGUCACUAACGUACACACCUUUAGUUAAAAACCCAGAUGGUAAUUCACAAGAGUAUCUCAUCAAAGUUAAUUCUGUCAAGAUUGGUGGAAAGAGAUUGGAGGGUAUUAUUGGAACAACAAAAAUAAGUUCAGUUGUUCCUUAUACGAUUUUAGAGAGUUCAAUUUAUGAGGAAUUUAUUAAAGUUUAUUUGAAGGAUGCAAAAGCUAUGAAUUUGACAAAAGUGCCCCCUGUUUCACCGUUUGGGCUCUGUUUUAGCUCGAAAGGAGUUGAAAAAUCGAAGCUGGGUCCGGUUGUUCCGGUAAUUGAUUUAGUUCUGCAAAGUGAGAUGGUCAAGUGGAGGUUUCAUGGCCGGAAUUCUAUGGUGGAGGUGAAUGAUGAGGUGAUGUGUUUGGGGGUUUUGGACGGCGGAUUGGGUUUGAAGAACUCGAUUGUUAUCGGAGGGUUUCAGUUAGAGGAUACCCUUUUGGAAUUUGAUUUGAGUACUUCUAUGUUAGGGUUUAGUUUGCCACUUUUGAUGAGAAAUAAUUCUUGUUCUAACUUAUUGCUGGAUUCCAUGGUUGAGUCCUUGUAAAUCUCCUUUUAUUGAUUUUCAAAGUUUGCAGUAAGGUUGGAUUAGAUUUAA